CUAUCGUUCUAUAUUAUUUAUCGACAAGUAAAGGUUAAAGAGCAAAGGAAGAGGUGGAGGUUUCCAAGGCCAUAAGUUUUUGAGAAGGCGCGCCCUUAUCUUCCUUCUUCUCCUUCCCACUCUUACUUUGCACUAUACACUACAAACUCGCUCGCCGGCUACACCCCUUAAACAUCACAUUCUCUCUAUACUUCCAACUCUCCCUUCCCUUCCCUUUAGCAGAGGGUGAAAUUACGAAGAAGAAGAAUAAAAAAAAAAUGGCUUCUACUUGUACUGUAAUUGGGGUUUCUUCUCUUUUCCCUUCUACUACUACUAAUAGUUGUAGAAGAGCAACGACGACGACACAUUCGUCACCAGCUAUACCAUAUCCUUCUUCGUCGUCUGCUCCUUUUUUGUCUGAAAGGCCUCCUCAUUUCAAUUCUUUAAUAGCCAAAACGCAACUUAGCUUUAAACACAGCCUUAUUAUUAAUAAUAGCAGCAGCAGCUUCUCUCCUCCUAGUGCUAUCGCUUCCCCAAAUUCCAUCCUCAGCGAAGAGGCCUUCAAGGGGCUAGAUGGGUUUUCUGAUUUCGAAGCUGAUGUCGAUGCCGGCGGUGCUGAUGUCGAUUACGCUUCUUCUGAAACUGAGCCAAGUAGCAAUACUAGUGAGGACGAACUUGACGUUUCUAAAUUGGGUUUGCCUCACCGCCUUGUCCAAACCCUCCAGAAUCGAGGAAUCACUCACCUUUUUCCCAUUCAAAGAGCUGUUUUAAUUCCGGCUCUGGAAGGUCGAGAUCUCAUUGCUCGUGCAAAGACUGGGACUGGCAAGACAUUAGCCUUUGGCAUUCCGAUCAUCAAACGCCUUACUGAAGAUGCUGAGCUAAGAGGUUCGCAAAGGCGAACUGGUAGGCUUCCUAAAGUUUUGGUCCUAGCACCUACUCGGGAGCUAGCAAAGCAAGUAGAGAAAGAAAUUAAAGAGUCUGCACCUUAUUUGAGCAGUGUUUGUGUCUAUGGAGGGGUUUCGUAUGUCACACAACAAAGUGCUCUUUCUCGUGGAGUUGACGUUGUGGUUGGAACUCCUGGUCGAAUCAUUGACCUAUUGAAAGGUAACAGCCUCAAAUUGGGAGAGGUUGAAUAUUUGGUCCUUGACGAGGCUGAUCAAAUGCUUUCAUUUGGAUUUGAGGAGGAUGUGGAAGUUAUUUUAGAAAAUCUACCAUCAAAGCGACAGAGCAUGCUUUUCUCUGCAACUAUGCCUACCUGGGUUAAAAAAUUGGCAAGGAAAUAUUUGGAUAAUCCUUUGCAAAUUGACUUGGUUGGUGAUCAAGAGGAAAAGCUGGCAGAAGGAAUCAAACUUUAUGCGCUAUCAGCCACAGCAGCUUCGAAGCGUACCAUUCUUAGUGAUCUUGUAACGGUCUAUGCAAAGGGUGGGAAGACUAUUAUCUUUACUCAGACCAAACGAGAUGCUGAUGAAGUCUCUAUGGCGCUAACAAACACUAUAGCUUCGGAGGCAUUGCAUGGAGAUAUAUCUCAGCAUCAGAGGGAGAGAACUUUGAAUGGUUUUCGACAGGGAAAGUUCACUGUGCUUGUUGCCACUGACGUUGCAUCUCGUGGGCUUGAUAUCCCAAACGUUGAUUUGAUUAUCCACUAUGAACUUCCCAAUGAUGCAGAAACUUUUGUGCAUCGCUCUGGUCGUACUGGACGUGCAGGGAAGGAAGGUACAGCCAUUUUGAUGUUCACUAGCAGUCAAAGGAGGACUGUCAGAUCCCUUGAGCGUGAUGCAGGGUGCAAGUUUGAGUUUGUUAGUCCACCAGCAAUUGAAGAGGUUUUGGAGUCAUCAGCUGAGCAAGUCGUUGCCACUCUAAGUGGAGUUCAUCCUGAGUCUGUAGAGUUUUUCACCCCAACUGCCCAGAAAUUGAUUGAAGAACAAGGAACAAAUGCUCUUGCUGCUGCACUAGCACAUUUGAGUGGAUUUUCUCAGCCUCCUUCAUCUCGGUCUCUCAUUAGCCAUGCACAAGGAUGGGCAACGUUACAGUUGACUCGGGAUCCAACAUAUUCUAGAGGGUUUCUAUCUGCUAGAUCUGUUACUGGAUUUCUUUCUGAUGUUUAUCCUGCAGCAGCUGAUGAAGUUGGAAAAAUACAUGUUAUUGCAGAUGAAAGGGUUCAGGGAGCAGUUUUUGAUCUUCCAGAGGAGAUUGCAAAAGAAUUGUUGAAUAAGCAAAUACCACCUGGAAACACUAUUGCAAAGAUCACCAAGUUGCCUGCAUUGCAAGAUGAUGGUCCUCCAGGUGAUUUUUAUGGAAGGUUUUCUAGUAGGGAUCGUCCUGCUAGAGGGGGUCCUAGGGGCCAGAGAGGUGGCUUUAGAUCUUCCCGUGGUCGGGGAAGUGGUAGAGAUUCUGAUGAUGGAGGAACGUACAGGCGUGGUGGUCGAAGUAACAGUAAUGAGAAUAGUUGGUCCCAGAUGUCGAGAAGCAGUGGAGAUGAUUGGCUGAUAGGUGGUAGAAGAUCAAGCAGGCCACCAUCUCGGGAUAGAAGCUUUGGAGGCUCUUGUUUUAAUUGUGGGCGGUCAGGGCACAGAGCAUCAGAAUGCCCUAACAAGAAAGAUUUUUAGUUGUCUUCUUGACUUGUGGAUUUUUGGCAUUGUGAAGAAGUUGGAGACUGCUGCCGUUGGGGACGCUGGGAAUUGUUUUCUAUUUUGUUUGCAACUGUAGGCCUGAUAACAUUCCCAUGAAAAGGAGGGGAUUCAAUUUGAAAUUGGUUCACUCGUGUGGUGGAUUCUGAUAUUUUAUUUGCUGCUUUGAUCGAACAAUUCUUUUCUAAGAUUAUCAUUCAAACCUUUACAAAA